AACAUUAAUAAUACUCUCACUCUUAUUCCUGUCACAAUGCAAAAUUCACCCACCACUAUCCCAUCUCCGCCACCACUUCUCCUCCCUCCUCCGCCGCGUUCCGCCGGAGAAAUCACCGUCCUCUUCCCACCACCGCCACAACCUUUUGCCAGCGCUCCAAGCUCCGUCUUCCAAAUUACAGUCCUCCCGGCGCCGCCGGUGCUGCCGACACCACAAUUCACCGACAAUUCUAGCUCCGUCAAUUUGUCUCCGCUCGAGUUUCUCCUCGCUCUCGUCGCCGUUGUCACCAUCCCCGCCCUAAUCUACACCUUCAUAUUCGCCUUCCGGUUCCCGUCGUUCAGCCGCCGGCAACGAUCAAGCGGAGGAGCCUCCGGCGAGCCGUCAAUCGCAUCGGACCUCUCGCACCACAACGACGUUGAGAUCGGCGGCGCGAGCGAAGUCGCCGUGGUGAAGUAUCAGAAGGAGGAGCACGCGGCGGAAAUCGGUGGCGAGUGCCCGGUGUGCUUAUCGGUGUUCGCCGACGGCGAAGAGGUACGGAAGCUGAGCGUGUGUAAGCACUCGUUUCACGCUUCUUGCAUCGAUUUGUGGCUCAGUAACCACUCCAAUUGCCCGAUUUGCCGCGCCACCAUCAUCACCGCCGCUGGUGAUGCCGGCAUCAAGCGUUCUGGUUCCACUAGAGACGGUGAUCUACAACAGGCUCCUCACGGUGGCUCCGAUUUGGUUUGAUUUUCAGAUUUUAUAACUUUUUGUUACAAUUAAUGUUAAGGUUUUUCUUUAUUUGAUAAAAAAAAAAUCCAAAUACCUGAUUUCAAAGUAAUGAUAGAAAAGUUGUAACAAUAGUUUGUUUCAACGCCUAAGUAGAGAGUUCGACUCUUAAGAUCCGCACUAUUGAGAGAUUUUUGGACUUCACUGUACUCGGGUUGAAAUUACAAUCAGCACAAAAAAAAUUUGAUGAUGAUUUCUAGUUUAGCUUAUUCUGAAAAAGAAACUUUAAUAUUAAAAUUGAUUACUUUGUUAGAUUUAAGCUGCAAAGCAAAGCCAUGUAGUAAGUAGUUUCCCAGAAUAUUUUUAUGUCACUUUAGGUAUUUUGAUCUGAACGCAUCAAUUGUAAUGUAAUGCAGAGUUGUGUAUUGUUUGGUCUAGCUGGAAAUAGAAUGAAGACAGAAGAAGUUUAAACC